CCUCUUCAAUUCCUCUUCAAUUCGUAUUCAAUGCUCUCUUCUCCUUCUCACGUACGUUUCUUCACCCUGUCUCUCUCUCUUCAAUCAAAUAAAUCUUUCCUUUUUCCUUAUUGUUUCCCCUUUCUGAUGUUCAUCAUUCUCCUUCUUCAACUUCUUUGAUCCAUCGGGUGGUUGAUUCUAUCAACAAACCCUAAUCACCAAGCAAGUUCUUCUGUUUUUUGUGUAGAUCUACGACAUUAUUUCAACUAGAAAAAGAAUAAAAAAAUCUAGAUCUCUUGGGUUACAAUUGAAAGCAACCAGACACUUGAAAUUUAGGGUUUGAUGGUGAUACUAAAAUGGGGGUGAGAGUUGACGAAAGAGAUACUCCUUUGCUUCUCUGAGUCUGUACUAAAAUUUGAAGUUCUGACACCAGCAGAUUAUGGCCGCUAUGUAUCAACACUAAUGGAACAUAAGAGCCUUUAUGAAGUAAAUCUCCCUAAUUAACCUUUGUGGCUUGCUUAAAGAUUGAUGAUAUGUUAAAUUACAUGUCAUCCUAGAGAAACUAUUGUUAUGGAUGGUGGGUGUUUAAUGCAGAAGAUAAGGAUGGUGGGUGGCGGUGCAAAAGUGCUACCCUGCCACCUGCCGGUGGUGAAAGACCACCACGCGCGACCCGCACACAUUGUCGUACCUUUAGAUGUGACCUGGAUUGGUAAAAACUGCAAAAGGAGUUGUAGACGUGAUUGGAACAUAUGUAUUUUGGAAUGGAUGAGCCAUCACUUGAUUUUCUAAAAACAUCUAAAAGUGCUAGUACCUGGAUCAACAUUUCAUUCAGUAUCCUUCACAUGACUGGAAAAAUAGAGAAACUAUAUAGUUUAUUAGAGGUAAAUUUAUUCAAUUAUUGAACAUGUUGAAGGUAAAAUCUACAUAUUUUUUUUACUUUGGUUGUGAAACAUGUUGUUGCUGUUGAUACCCUUAUAAGAUCAUACAAAUAGCACUAUUAGAAUUUUGAAAGUAUCAGGUUUGAUUUUGACAGUCUUGAUUUUAAGUUGAGACUGAUGUGUAUUUGUGUAGUUAUAUAUCAGAGGUUCAUGAUUCCUAACAAAACCAUACAUGGAGCACAUAAAAGGGGAAAAUUAUAAAGUUUUUUUAUUUAAAUAUUGAAUAUUUAAUACUAAGAAGUGCUUUGAUUAUGAAACUCAAACCUGCUGUUCUUUACUUUCAAGUUUAAUGUGAAUACAUGGAUGCAAAGAUUUAUGUCAAACUAAUCAUGAAUCACUUUAAAUGGACCAAAGGGUGCAAAGAAGACCAAAGUUUUUCUAUCAAAAUUAAGUCUUUAAACUACUAAAUUUGACUUUUAGUUUCAGUUAUACAGGUAUAGGUUUGUGGAUCAAUGGUGACAGAAGAGCAUGUUGUUGAAUAUGGCUUAACUAAAAUAUUUUGACUGUCACUCGAAAGUAUAACACGGGUUAGGAGCGAACUGAGUUCAAAAAAAUCAUAUUGAAAAAAACUAUCAAUUUGGUUCAUGUCAAAACGGGUUUGGAGCAAAACGAGUUUCGGUUAAAAUUGUAUAUUAAAAAAAAACUAUCAUUUUGGUUCGGGUCGAUACUGGUUAGGAGUAAAAUGAGUUCGGGUCAAAACGGGUUUGGAGCUAGGUAAAUGAGUUUGUGUUAAAACUGUAUAUUUAAAAAAAAAACUAUCAAUUUGGUUCGGGUUGAUACUGGUUAGGAGCAAAAUGAGUUUGGGUGAAAAUGGAUUUGGAGCAAAAUUAUCUUAUUAAUAACGCAGUGUGGAACUUGGAAGUCAUAUCUAUGCAAAAGCAUAGUUCAUACUGUUUCAUUUGGUAACCCAUUAGAGAUAAAACAUAAGCGAAAAUGACCCGUUUUUAGCCUUUUUGGUAAAUGGGUUCGAAGGUAAUUAAUUUUGUUGAUUUUUGCUUGAUAAGUUUUUGACCUAAUUGUUUAUGUUGUUAGAUUUUAUGAUUUUGACCUAAUUGUGAUUUUGACUAAAUUUUUGAGUUGUUAGGUUUAGGUAUUGAGCGAUUGGUGAAUUGUGAUGUCUUGUGUGUUCAUACUUGAUAAUGGCUAAGGGGGUUGAUAGCAACAGAAACAUGUGAGGAACAAUAUGUGAUUUAUGAAUAAUCAAAAUACAAUAUAGAGGGGUUUAUUCUAGAAACGCAAUCAUAUAGUUCAUGUUUUAGCUUAAUGGUAUCACAAUAAAGAGGGGUUUAUUCUAAACAUUAAGUUUUUAUUUCAUAAUUAUUUGACUAUUAUAUUCCUGGCCACUAGGACUUUUCUGAGUAGUGGUGUUUUGGAUGGUUUAGCUUACACAAUGUUCAAGAGAUGCUAAGUUUUAGAAAUUUCAAAUAUAACCUGCAUCCAUGCUAAUUGCUCUUUCUCUUCAAUCCGCUUCUAUUGGAUUUGUGAAUGUAAGCUCUAGAAAUCAACUAUAUAUAUAUAAGGGUUUCAGUGGUGACCCUUAGAUGGCAAUAAGAGAAAGUAAUGGACACAAGGUAAUCUUUCUUUUCUGAUUUAACUCCGGUAAGAUCGUAAGCUUCCUUUUGUAGUUCUUUUUUUCUUGAUGUUUCUAAACAAGUUAUUGUAAUCUUUUUAUUGUCAUCUCAUACGACCACCAGUUGUUUGAUGAAAUUCCCCAACGAGUAAAAUUUAUACGUUAUUAAAUUUGUUUUGUGUUUUUCUUCAACAUGUUCGGCAAUGGAUUCGUAGUCAAUAAUAAGAUAUAAAUUGAAGUCGUAAUGAGCAUUCUGAUCCUAUAAUGUGCUCAAGACAUCACUGUUGGUUUUGUGAAUGAAUCUUUUGCAAAUAGUGUUCCAAGGGAAAGAAGUUUACUACCUACAAAGUUCCUUAAAGGAAACCCCAACGGGUCUAUGAUGUGUGAUGUGUACGGCUUGAUGGUUCAACCGUGCUUUUGUCAUAUUUGUGUGUGGUGGAAAUGCAUAUUUAUCCAUGGUAGUAGGAGCGAGUGUUGUUGGUGGGCCUGCUGGAGCUGAUUUCAGGGCUGGUGAUGAUACAUACAGUUACAGUAAUGGUAACUUAAAGACAUGGACAGUGACAUGGCAAUAACCAGUUCCAGGUGCUUUUUUGGGUUGCUCACUUGAAGGAAGCAUGGUGACAACACAUACAAGAAAAUUGCAGAUUUUAUGGCAUAAUGGCGGUGGUUCGUUGAUUCAUUCAGCUGCAAAUCCGAGUCGAUUUCAUGUUGGCAAACUAUUCAUAUUAGGGCUUCGGUGGUGGCAAUUAGUUAUGAGACAUGACGCACCAUGAUGAGUCUUCACUGAAUAUGCAGUUAUACGAAAAAGGCUCUUUUGCACCGGCAUUUACUAAAGAAUACAGCUGCUCCUAUGAUAGACAUGCUUUUAUCAAAUUGGAUAUGCCCAAUAAGUUGAAAAAUGGUAUUGAUGUUCAAGACUUCGAUACUAUUGAACCCAUUACACUUAGCUCAUGGGAUGAUACUAUUGAACCCAUUACACUUAGCUCAUGGGAUCGAAUGGCUCUGGUAAAGAAAUUUGAGGGAGCGUUAUCUGUAAAGGGUAAUGCGGUUGUUGAAGCUUUGGAAGGGAAGCGUGUUGAAGCAUAUAUGACAGGACUAAGAGCAUUUGCGGAUGAGUGUGGGUUAACUGUGAAAAAGCUUGACGAGAAAUUGGAAAGAACUCUUCUCCAUUCGUAUCGCAAGGUGUGGCCCAGUUUUGUGCUUUGUCCAUAGGUUUGUUUUUCCGCGUUUGGAUCCAAAAGGUUUGAAAAGUAUGCAUCAUUGAGCGAGUGUCCUCAAGAACAAGAGUCACAUGUUUUUUAGAGAAGGUCGGGGACUAGAUGACGGUGUGAAGGUUGAGUUUUGACUUUAUUUGGAAAACGGGGUGGAAUUUACUCCCAUUUACUUAAUGUGAGUCAAUUUGGAUUGGAUUUUAUUGUUGAAUGUUGGUCAAGUUUAAAAGCUUACCUAAAUAUGAGGCGGGUCAACUUGGUCAUUACGAGUUGAAAGUCAAUGAAAAUGGUUUGACCCCGUAAACAGACCCCUAAAAAAGAUAAAUAACAAGCUUAUAGUGAUCCACUUUUUAUGGCCAGGAUUGACACCUCAGUUCUUCAAAGUUUCAUUUUUAUUUUCUAAACAUUUUUUAAGUUAAAAAAGAAAACAAUUAGUACGCUUUAAAAUUAACCAAUGUAAAAAAGCACCAAUGGGCAUUAACAAUCUGGGAUAGGAGUUUUCCACCAAAUGGGUCAGAAUGGAGUUAUGUGGAUAUGGGAAUGAAGAUGCUGGUAAGGGGCUAUUAAAUUGAAUUAUUGAGCUCC